AUGGGAAGAGAAGAAAAGCAGGCGUUGCUUGAAGAACUGUGCAAUCUGGCUAAUAAUAAGAACAUUCAAAUAAAAACUUUGGCAGAUGAUGUGCGUGACCGAAUUACAAGUUUUAGAAAAUCUACUGUCAAAAAAGAAAAACAUCUUAUUCAACAUCCUAUUGAUUCUCAAGUAGCGAUGAAUGAAUUUCCAGCACCUCAGCCAUUAUACGAUGAACGAUCUUUGAAUUUGUCAGAAAAGGAAGUACUGGAUCUCUUUGAAAAAAUGAUGGAGGACAUGAACCUCAAUGAAGAACGAAAAGCUCCUUUACGAAACAAAGACUUUACCACCAAGCACGAGAUGGUUGUCCAGUAUAUUUCUGCUACAGCCAAAUCUAUAGUUGGAAGUAAAGUUACGGGAGGGCUGAAAAACAGCAAACAUGAAUGCACUCUGUCUUCACAAGAAUAUGUUCAUGAAUUACGAUCUGGUAUUUCAGAUGAGAAACUUCUUAACUGCCUAGAAUCUCUGAGGGUUUCUUUAACCAGCAAUCCUGUCAGCUGGGUUAACAACUUUGGCCAUGAAGGUCUUGGACUCUUACUGGAUGUGCUGGAAAAGCUUCUGGACAAGAAACAGCAAGAAAAUAUUGACAAGAAGAAUCAGCAUAAACUUAUUCAGUGCCUCAAAGCAUUUAUGAAUAAUAAGUUUGGAUUGCAAAGGAUUCUAGGAGAUGAAAGAAGUCUUUUACUAUUGGCAAGAGCUAUUGACCCCAAACAACCCAACAUGAUGACUGAAAUAGUAAAAAUACUUUCUGCUAUUUGCAUUGUCGGAGAAGAUAACAUCCUAGAGAAACUUUUAGGGGCUAUAACUACAGCCGCAGAAAGAUAUAACAGAGAACGAUUUUCACCAAUCGUGGAAGGGCUAGAAAAUCAUGAAGCUUUGCAAUUACAGGUGGCUUGCAUGCAGUUUAUAAAUGCCCUUGUCACUUUUCCUUAUGAGCUUGAUUUUCGAAUACAUUUAAGGAAUGAGUUCCUCCGUUCUGGACUAAAGACAAUAUUACCAGAUCUGAAAGAAAAAGAGAAUGAUGAGCUUGAUAUUCAGUUGAGAGUAUUCGAUGAAAACAAAGAGGACGACCUAACUGAGUUAUCACAUCGUCUCAACGACAUUCGAGCAGAAAUGGAUGAUAUGAAUGAAGUAUACCAUCUUCUGUAUAAUUUGUUGAAGGACACAGCUGCUGAAAAUUACUUAUUAUCUAUUCUACAACAUUUUUUGCUUAUCAGAAAUGAUUAUUAUAUCAGGCCACAGUAUUACAAAAUAAUUGAGGAGUGUGUUUCACAGAUAGUGCUGCACUGCAGUGGUAUGGACCCAGAUUUCAAGUAUAGACAAAGAUUAGACAUUGACUUAACUCAUCUGAUAGAUUCUUGUGUGAACAAGGCAAAAGUUGAAGAAAGUGAACAAAAAGCUGCAGAAUUUUCAAAGAAGUUUGAUGAAGAAUUCACAGCUCGGCAGGAAGCACAAGCUGAGCUUCAGAAAAGAGAAGAAAAAAUCAAGGAGCUUGAAACAGAAAUCCAGCAACUUCGAACUCAGGGCCAUGGAGUCUCAGGUGCAUCAGGAAUUCCAGGCCCUCCUCCACCACCUCCACUGCCAGGCGGUGGGCCUCCCCCACCUCCACCUCCACCUCUACCCGUCGGAGUCCCCCCUCCUCCUCCUCCUUUGCCAGGAGGUAUACCACCACCACCACCUUUGUUUGGGGGACCUCCUCCACCACCUCCCCUUGGAGGAAUUCCUCCUCCCCCAGGAGCACCAAUUGAUCUGCCUUAUGGAAUGAAGCAGAAAAAAAUAUAUAAACCAGAAGUGUCCAUGAAGAGAAUCAAUUGGUCAAAGAUUGAACCCAAAGAAUUAUCUGAGAACUGUUUCUGGUUAAAGGUUAAGGAGGACAAGUUUGAAAAUCCAGAUCUCUUUGCAAAAUUGGCACUGAAUUUUGCUACCCAGAUGAAAGUUCAAAAGAAUGCAGAAACUUUGGAGGAGAAGCCCCAGCCUACCAAGAAGAAGGUGAAAGAGCUGAGAGUUUUGGAUCCCAAAACGGCCCAGAAUCUGUCUAUCUUCCUUGGAUCAUAUCGUAUGCCAUAUGAAGAUAUAAAAAACAGUAUUUUGGAGGUCAAUGAAGACUUAUUGACUGAAGCCUUAAUUCAGAACCUUGUUAAAUAUCUUCCAGAGCAGAAGGUUCUCAAUGAAUUAGCGCAGCUGAAGAAUGAGUAUGAUGACCUUUGUGAGCCUGAACAAUUUGGAGCUGUGAUUAGCUCAGUGAAAAUGUUGCGGCCUCGUCUCAAUAGCAUUCUUUUCAAGCUCACUUUUGAAGAACAUGUAAACAACAUCAAACCAAGCAUCAUAGCAGUAACUCUUGCUUGUGAAGAACUGAAGAAAAGUGAAAGCUUUAACAGACUUUUAGAGUUAGUUCUUUUGGUUGGAAACUACAUGAACUCAGGCUCAAGAAAUGCCCAGUCCUUGGGUUUUAAGAUCAACUUCCUUUGUAAGAUAAGAGAUACUAAAUCAGCAGAUCAAAAAACAACCCUCUUGCAUUUUAUUGCUGAAAUUUGUGAAGAAAAAUACCGGGAUAUCCUGAAAUUUCCUGAAGAACUGGAACAUAUAGAAAGUGCAAGCAAAGUUUCAGCUCAAAUUCUCAAGAGCAACCUUGCAGCAAUGGAACAACAGAUUGUUAAUCUGGAACGUGACAUCAAGAAAUUCCCCCAAACUGAAGAUCAACAUGAUAAAUUCGUGGAAAAGAUGACUAGCUUUACAAAGAUUGCCAGAGAGCAGUAUGACAAACUGUCCACUAUGCACAGCAACAUGGUCAAGCUCUAUGAGAAUCUUGGAGACUACUUUAUUUUUGACUCUAAGACAGUGAGCAUAGAAGAGUUUUUUGGUGAUCUCAACAACUUCCGAACUUUGUUUCUGGAAGCAGUAAAAGAAAACAACAAGAGAAAAGAAAUGGAAGAGAAGACUAGGAGGGCAAAGCUUGCAAAAGAGAAAGCCGAACAAGAAAAGCUGGAACGCCAGAAGAAAAAGAAACAGCUCAUUGAUAUAAACAAAGAGGGUGAUGAGACUGGUGUGAUGGAUAAUCUUCUAGAAGCCCUACAAUCAGGUGCAGCAUUCCGAGACCGCAGGAAGCGGAUUCCCAGGAAUCCAGAUAACAGACGGGUACCUUUGGAAAGGUCACGCUCUCGCCACAAUGGAGGUAUCUCCGCUAAGUGAGUCCUGAUGCCAAAGAAUAUAAAAAUAUUUCAGUAAAUAAAAUCAUUCAUUUUGAGAACAAAACAUGCACUCAAGGGAUGGAGAAGAAUCAGUGCAUUUCUGCAAAGAUCGAGCCAAGCCGGAUGAAACAGCCUGCAUUUGUAAAGCUAUUGCAAGACUCCUCCCACAAUUAUACUAAUAGAACACAAUUAUUGGGAUUCUAAAAUGUGUGUUCCAUUUUAGUGUAAAGAUGUAUAUUAUUUGUUAUUGUGUGUGACCUAACAGUGAUGGUGAAAA